GUGAAGUCUGACCUACGACGUCGUUGAUUCCUCUGCAGUAUGACUGUCCGUCACGCCUUCGCUCUCCUGCUGGUCGCGCUCCUCGUGGUCGGAACGCUGGCCCUCCCUGAAUCCGACCCGCACUUCGGUCGGGGCUUCGGUCGGCGAUUCGGACGCGGCUUUGGGGGAUUCGGUCGGCCUCUGUACGGUUAUGGACAUGGCCUCGGCUAUGGAUUAGGACACGGGCACGGAUACGGAGGCUACGGAGGAUACGGCGGGUAUGGCGGAUACGGCGGGUACGGGGGUUAUGGGCAUCCGUACCUACACUACGGAUAAGCAGGAUCGGAAUAACGGAUUUGGAGAUAUUCGGAUUCUACGAGCGUGAUCGGACAGGAUUCGAAUUCUACAAAGGCUUAUAAUGUUCUCGGAUGCUUAAUGUUAAGAGACGGUGAGGCCAAGUUAUAUGUGAGCAAAUGGGUUUUGAUUCUACUGUAUCAGCAAGUCACUUAUCGUCCAAAGGUAUCAAUUAUGUUAAUGGUUUUC